GUGUAGUGGCUGGCUGGGGGAUGUAGGGCGCGGUGACUGAUGAGGUUUCAUUGAUCAUGGACUGUGAAGAAAUCCCAGAUUUUUCGAGUCCAAAAGAAGAAACUGCUUAUUGGAAAGAGCUUUCCUUGAAGUAUAAACAAAGUUUCCAGGAAGCACGUGAAGAACUGGCUGAAUUCCAGGAGGGAAGCAGAGAAUUGGAAGCUGAAUUGGAGGCCCAGCUAGUGCAGGCUGAACAGAGGAAUAGAGACUUGCAAGCAGAUAACCAAAGACUGAAAUAUGAAGUGGAAACAUUAAAGGAGAAACUUGAACACCAAUAUACGCAAAGUUACAAGCAAGUGUCGGUGUUGGAAGAUGACCUGAGUCAGACACGGGCCAUUAAAGACCAGCUACACAAAUAUGUGAGGGAGCUGGAACAGGCCAACGACGACUUGGAGCGCGCUAAGAGGGCAACAAUAGUUUCAUUGGAAGACUUUGAACAAAGGCUGAACCAGGCUAUUGAGAGAAAUGCAUUUUUAGAAAGUGAGCUGGAUGACAAGGAAUCGUUGCUAGUUUCUGUACAGAGGUUAAAGGAUGAAGCGAGAGACUUACGGCAAGAGUUAGCUGUCCGAGAAAGGCAACAGGAGGUCACCAGGAAGUCUGCUCCUAGUUCUCCGACUCUAGAUUGUGAAAAGAUGGAUUCUGCUGUCCAGGCAUCUCUCUCUUUGCCUGCCACGCCUGUUGGAAAAGGAUCAGAGAAUAGCUUUCCUUCCCCAAAAGCUAUACCAAAUGGGUUUGGUACCAGCCCCCUAACUCCUUCUGCUAGAAUAUCGGCACUGAACAUUGUGGGGGAUCUCUUACGGAAAGUCGGGGCCUUAGAAUCCAAAUUAGCUGCUUGCAGAAAUUUUGCAAAGGACCAGGCUUCACGGAAAUCCUACAUUUCAGGCAACGUUAGCAGCAGCCUGAUGAGCAGCAACGGCACCAAGUUCUCUCAUUCAGGGCAUACGUCUUUCUUUGACAAAGGGACAGUAAACGGCUUUGACCAAGGCCCCCCUCCGGGCAUAGGAUCCUCCAGACCCUCAUCAGCGCCAGGCAUGCUUCCUCUGAGCGUAUGAACAGCCAGGAGGACUUUGAACCAACCCUUUUCUCAAACAGGAGCCCCCCCAAGAAAAGAACUGCUUCUGAGUCCUUCCUAUUAGCACCCCCUGCUGGAACUCAGCCUGCAUUGCGGAGCAGCAUUGGAGCCGGCCCGCUGCCUGGAGGAGUCCCAGCACACGCACAAUCCUUCACUCAAUGUCAAUACAGUUUAUUUUCUCCUAUUGCUGUAGUGGACGUUCUCUAACAUGGUCACACUCUGUUGUGGGUCACACAAGCUGAUACGUGUGUUCUGUCUCACGGGAUGCAGGAGUCUCACUAGCCAACAACUGAUCCUCAGCCCUUCACGUUGUACCUUUCUUAACUUAGGUUGGAUAGGAUGCAAACGUUGGCUGAAUCUGUAUUUACAGCCCCUCUUCCCCUAGCAGCCUGGCACUUAAGCACACGCAGCCACCACAGUUUCAGUAUGGAGGGAACCAUUUUUGAGGGAUGCCAGGUACGGUUUAGAUGUGUUAAUCCUAUUGGACAAAUGCCCUGGGAAGGAGACACCUGGCCUCAAAUGACUUUAACUCUCCUUGAACAUUAGUGAAAUGUUCAUGCAUCUAAAGAGUCUUGCUUUUGCUACUGUGAGACACCACUAAUUGUGUUGGCAAUGCUGCCAAUGCAAUAGGCCCCCUAAAAAUGUGUGAGCAUUUAGCCAGUGUUCAGAUCUGUGUAAUAUAGAACGACUUGACUUUACAGUGCCACCAAUGGGCUUCUGUGACAGUUUUGGGCCACUCUGUACCUUGUGGGUCUGCAAAGCAAUGUAUUUGUGCGAUUCGCUGUCUCUCUCUGUGCCUCAAAGUUGUUGGAUUUUAAAAAGGACACGCAAACCAGCCAGUGGUUUGGUCCAUGGGUUUAAAAAUCUCCCUGUCCAGUCUAGUCCAUCCCACCUCAUUUGGCUUUGUGGAUUUCAUUUGUAAGAGCCAACUGAUUUAUUUACAAAUGCCAAGUAAAACCGUUUGCCCAAAUGGAAGGGAAGGGGUGGAGGAGAAUCACCACUUAAUGUUAGGGGUUUGUACGUCCCUUUUUCCUGUGCAUCCUUCGCUGCAUUUGACUGUUUACAUUUGUUUUAUUGUAUAUAGGUUUGUAAACAUAAUAUCUUUGCCUAAGAUAUUUGUACAUAACUUGGGCUUUGUAGCUUUAUUUAUUCAGAAUCUAUAUGGCAUGUUUAAAUAGGACAGUGUAUCAUAAGACAGUGGCGAUAAAGAUCAUGUGGUUUAAAGAAACAAAAAGCGAACUUCCAAAAAAUAAAGCUCUUUUAAC